GAAUGAUUUAAUUUGUUGUCAAAUCAUACUAAUGUGCCAAAAUUAUUAAAUUAUUUGUAUUCUAGAAAAUAUUUCAGUUAUUUUUCCGUAAACAGUAUUGUGAGUAGAAAAUUUCGAGAUGUCAUUUGGGGAGACUUUGGACGCCUCCAUGGAUUCCAUGGAGGAAACCAGAUUCAAGAAGAAACAAGGACCACUUAUAAAAGAAUUGCUGGCCAAAAAAAAAGUCCACUUUUCGCAAACAGAAAUUGAAUGCCUACUGAUAAUCUACUAUAAACUGCAAAAAGAUGGCCCUGAAAAGCAGCGAGCUGUGAGCAAAAACCAAUUCAGGGACAUUUUGCACAAUGCUUUUGAUAUGACGGAUGGUGCCAUGAUGGAUCGCAUCUUUUCGGCCCUAGAUCGUGGUCCAAGCAUUUACGUCUCGAUGGAAACGUGGAUAUCGGCUCUAUCACUAUUCUUGAGGGGUAGCUUGGAGGAGAAAAUAUCCUAUGCGUUCAACGUUUAUGAUUCCAUGAAUGAUGGAUAUUUAGGAAGGGACACAAUGUUCAACCUAUUGAAAUCAUCCUUGGUCAGUCAGAGUGGUGAAGAUGAUGCUGAAGAAGCCGCUAAAGAUCUAAUAGAAGUUAUCACGAAAAAGAUGGAUAUCGAUAGGGACGGUAGAAUUUCUUUCCAAGAUUUUAAAGAGACUGUAAUGAAACAACCCAUGAUAUUGCAAGCAUUCGGUCAAUGUCUACCUACAAGACUGGCAGCAUAUUCAUUCGUCACCACAUUCACUCCGAAUCGAGGAAAACUCUAAUUCAGAAACAAAACUCACCCUUUCUUCAUACAGCCGUUUAGCUAUCUUAUCCACCAUUUCCUCCCGUGCUUGUUCCUUACGCUGCUUUUCAAUUUUUCUGUGAAUAAAUAACAUUAUCAAUGAUUCAUAUAGUGCAUUCAUUAAAUGGAAGAAAUAAAAAUUGAUAAGCUUGUA